AAUCGACUAUUAAAGAUCUUCAAUCAGUUCUGUUCAGUUGAGUGUCUUUUAAAACGUUUGUUCGCCAUAAUGAAGCUCGUUUAUUUUGUCCUUUUAUUUAUCUCUCUCUACCAUUCCUCAGGUGAAAUAUGGGUCCCUGAUGUGGGCUUGCUGAACAACGCCGACGAAACCAUAUCAGUCGCUGGAGGCAGAAAUAAGUUUCAAACCAAUGUUAUUGUAAGAGACGGUGGCCAAUGUAUCUGGAGGUCCCCCGCCAUCUUUACAAGUGAUUGUGAAAUCAGUGUAGAAUACUGGCCUUUUGAUACUCAGAAAUGCCAAAUGAAGUUCUCUUCUUUUACCAUGACGAAACGAGCCCUUGCUCUGAAGCUACAAAGUCAAAGAACUAAUUCCAAAGCAGACCAGUUUAUAACCAGCGGUGACUGGACUGUCCAGACGAUCGACGUUUUGAGAAAAGAAGAUUUAUCAAGCUGUUGUUCUGAUGCUUUCAGCGUGGUUGGGUUUGAGCUGAUUCUUAAACGAAAGCCCAUGUACUUCGUACUGAAUCUCCUUAUACCGAGUGCUAUUUUGUGUCUUUUAUCUCUUUUGAGCUUCAUAAUUCCAAGCGAAAGUGGAGAGAGAAUUGGUUUCAUUACCACCAUUAUGCUCGCCAUGUCGGUGUAUUUGCUCAUAAUCGCUGACGUUCUACCAGAAACGUCUAAACAGAUCCCUAUCACAGGUCUUCUGUUCAUCGUUGCCAUAACAGAGAAUGCAGUUAUUCUUAUAGAAACAAUCAUUGUCCUGAGAUGCUUUCACGGCACUGGAGAACCCCCAGCUUGGCUGCAAAGAUUCUACUGUUGCUGUUGUCCAUGCCUUGGGAAAAAACCGCCUUCUACAAAAUCACGCCCCCAAAAAUCAAUCUCGCAGAGUAAUCUCUACGUGAACGAAGUCGCGUUAAAGGAAUUGGAUGCCCCACCUCACAUCCCUGCUAUCUUUGAGCAAAAUGAUUCGCAGGAAUUUGAAAGUCCAACUUGGCAAGACAUUUCUAUCCUUCUCAAUCAGCUUUUCUUUAUCUUAAGUAUCAUAAUGGUUGCAGCAACAUACGCCGCUAUUUAUCUCAAUGCUGCUAUGGAUUAAGAUCAACGCUUUUGGGUAAAUUUGUAGGGGAGGGGCAGGGGUUUAAGCGCUGGAUUUUACGCAUUUUAUACGCAUGUAUGCGCACAUAUAAGCAUUUUCAUUACAGUCAAAAAAAGUAUAUAUUUUUAUUGUGUAAACGUUAAUCAAUUUUUGUUGAGAAACCAAGUCAAUAUAUUGAAGUAUUAUUGUCUCUAUUUCAACGACAAGGAAUUUAGAAUCCAGUACGAUAAAGAAAUUGUYUUGUCCUCCUUAUAAACCUUCCUUCUUCAGUCUUUCUUCUGCUAGUCAGUUUCCUCGAGAAACAAACGACUUUCUGGUUUAUGUCUUUAAUAUAUAAUAAUAAUAUUAAUUAUUUUACAUGUAGUUUAGCACUCAGUAAUAGAGUGAAAUUAUUUAAACUUGAAAUGAAAAAAUACCAGUCAACGUGUAAUAGGCACUAAUGAAAACAAUGGAAUUAGGUCCUACCAAUGUAUAUUAGUCUAAAAUCUAUUUCAUGGGUUUAGUGAUUUCAUUCUACUUACCGUAUUUAAAGUAAUUUUCAUUAACCCGUGAAACAAAGUGUACUAUUUAUUAGCGUGUAAUAGUCAGAAUAACACAAAACAGAAAACGAGACAAGUAGAGUGUAAUAGUGCCAAGAGAAUAUGAAAUAAGAGAAGGAAUCCUACCCAUAUAGCCUUGUAACCAUCAUGUGCACAAUUUGUUGCUAUUUUUACCUUGGAGACAUUUUAAGCGAA